AUGUUCUGCCAAAAAUGUCGUCAGCCUCUACGACUAGAUGGCUCCCUCGAGGACCUCAACCCCGCAGCCUAUGACCUAAUCAUCUCCUCCUCCUCCCCGCAGACCUCACGCAGACGACCGUCCAGCCCCGCCUCGCAGCCUCUGAAGCCGUCAUCACAGCAGGACAGGUCACGCAAGGCACUGUACGACGAGGCAUCCAAGCAAUCAACAAACCCUACAUUCAAAAGGAACCACGGGAUGCAGCAGCCACGCGACUCGACCAUGUCCUUCAUCUACCUGACAGAGUCGCAACUAGGCCACCCACAGUCGCCCAAGAUGUCACGGACGGCAGCAGACACUGGCGGCAGCGGUAGCAAGAACAAAGCUAGCAAGAAGUCAGCCUCUCCUGCGGAAGAGGCUGAUGACCAUCAGAAAUACCGAGGCGACGAGAUGGACCGAGUCAACCGGUUGUUCGAGAUCCUCUCGUCGCGCUCCGACAUCGACCACCCCAUAUGCGUGGAGUGCGCCGACAUGCUGGUUGAGGGCUUCCAGAAGCGGCUAGAAGCGGCGAGCCGCGAGCGCGAUGCAUAUGCCAAGCACCUGCGGCAGUUACAGGCCGACCAGCCGAGCAAGGAGGACGUGCGCCAACAGCAGGAGGCGACGAAGAAGUCCCAGCGCGACGAGGAGCUCGCCAUGGCGGAGCUGCAGAAGCUUGAGGCGGAGAAGGACGGGCUGGACGCCGAGAUACUCGCCCUGGAGGAGGAGUCUCGCCGCCUGGACUCCGAGGAGGAGGCCUUCUGGCGGGAACGCAACGCCUUCGCCGCGUCCAUGGCCGAGUUCCAGUCGGAGCGCGACAGCGUCAACGUCCGCUACGCCAACGACUCGCAGCUGCUUCAGAAACUGCAACGAUCCAACGUCUACAACGACACCUUCUGCAUCAGCCACGACGGCAGCUUCGCCACCAUCAACGGCCUCCGCCUCGGCCGCCUGUCCACCAAGCCCGUCGACUGGCCCGAGAUCAACGCCGCCUGGGGCCACUCUCUCCUCCUCCUCGUCACCGUGGCCGACAAGCUCGGCUACACCUUCCAGGGCUACGAACCCCGUCCGAUGGGCAGCACCUCGACCAUCAUCCGCUACGAGACCCCCAGCCCCUCGUCCAGUCGACACGUUGCUACCUCCGCAGCGGCCUCUGCCGCUCCUCACACUAGCCAUCAUCCUCUGCCGCCAAAGAAGCAUGUCCUCGAACUCUACAGCUCGGGUGACAUGCCCCUUGGCCUCACCUUUAUGCACCGAAAGUUCGACAACGCAAUGGUCGCCUUCCUCGAACUCGUCCGCCAGCUCGGCCUGCACGUCGAGCGUCAGACAGAGGCCACCGGCAACACUCUCAGCCUGCCCUACCGCAUUGACGGCGACAAGAUCUCCGACGUCAGCAUCAAGCUGGGCAUCGCCCAGGACGACGGCUGGACAAAGGCUUGUAAGCUUACACUUACGUGCUGCAAGUUUCUCCUUGCCCAUGCGAGCAACGUCGGCGUUACUGCCAGGGCUGGUCUAUCAAGUCGUUGA